UCCUAACUAUUAGUCGAACCGGCCGGCCGCCAGCAGUAGCAGCACAGGGUGACCCGAAGAGGGCAGAAGGCGGCACCAUGGCGGAGCCAAGACGAUUGAGAGGCCACAAGGCCACCGCCACCUGCUGCAUCGCCUCCCGCCACCGCCCUGGACUUGUAGCCACUUCCGGCGAGGAUGGAUGCGUUUGCUGGUUCGAUCUUCGGUGUAAAGAUGUAUUGUUUUCCAUGAAUGUGGGGAGUAAUCCUAUAUCAUCAUUAUGUUUCAAGCCAGACAAUGAAGACAUUAUAUAUGUUUCAUCAGGAACUGAAGUCACGGGGCUUGAUUUACACUUGGCUGGCUCAUGGAAAAAACUAGAGAGUUACAAUUAUAAUAAGGAGGAGAUAAAUCAGAUUACAUGCAACUCAAGAUCAUGUUUUCUUGCUGCUGCAGAUGAUGGUGGUGAUGUAAAGAUCAUUGACAUUCAGCAGCAAUGCCUCUACAAAACAUUAAAAGCAGGCCAUGCAAGUAUCUGUAGCAGUGUACAGUUUCUUCCUUGGAGGUCUUGGGAAGUCAUUACUGGUGGUCUUGAUUCAAAGCUUGUGAUGUGGGAUUUCUCCAAAGGGCGUCCAUACAAAGUUCUUGAUUUUGGAUAUCUGAGCUAUGAUUUUAGGAGAUCUGAGUUCAAGUCUUGUUGUGUGCCUGAUACGAAUGGUGGAGGUAGUGGAGGACAAUAUUUGAACCCUGCUUUUGUCCAUGCAAUAGCUGUUCCUGAAGUUGAUAUUGCAGAUAGAUUAGGCAAGGUAUACGUCAUUGCUAGGGGUGACGGUGUUGUCGAUGUGAUGGAUAUUGAAUCAGAACUUGCCACUGUUAAUUCAAAACACUCCACAAAAGCACGGAAAGGCACUCAAUCAAAAGGAAAAGGUAAUAGCUCAUCUGGAGAUACUGACCCCCAAAAUCAGAAUGGGAGCAAGAAAUUGUGUUUGGAUUACACUGUAGGAGGGCACACUGCUGCAGCGUCCUGCGUGGCAUUCUCAAUGUUUGGGGAGAAAGGAAAGUAUAUAAUUUCUGGUGGAAAUGAUAAAUCAGUGAAGGUUUGGGACUGGUCCAGAUAUUUUGGCGCAGGCCAAACUAGCAGCUGCAGUGAUCUGAUGCAUUUGAACAUCAAUUUGAGCAGAAAAAUCAAUUGGCUCUGCACCACUCCAGCUGACUCACAGAACCUUAUUGUCUGCGACACGUCCAAAGUGGUGAAGGUUUAUACUGUUGCUUAGAGGCUGUGAUUGUUCCAAGCAUGCCUUUUUUAGCUCCCGUCGCUUAAAAUGCUUGAAAGUCGACCACAUCCUAACUAAUUGUUAUGACUGCUCAACCGGGGUAGCUAUCUAUCUAUCUAUCUUCGAGGAACAAAAUUGCUCAGCCCUUUUUCCUCAGAACCCCCACCCCAAGACAAGAGCGGGCAUGGUUGCUAGUUGCUACCCUAUGUUUGAAACUAGGGUUUGUUUGUACAAGGAAAAGAAAAUAAAUGUUCGUGUUCUUUUUCACUUCAUUUUUGGUGGGUUUGUUUGAUUAGGUGCUGUCUGAUGUAGAGAAGGGGAGAGGUUGGUGUAAUAUCCUGGUAUAUCAUAACAUAGAUGUGUAGCAAAUCUAGUUUACGCUUUACAAUAUAUUUUUCACUAAUGCCAGCCCCCUCUUCACAUCUUUUUGUCUGUGCUUUACUGCCUCCACUCGAGUUUGGUG